AUGUCUUCAGUAGGAUUGGAUUCGCCGGCAUCAAUAGCUCGCCAGAGCGAUUCUACGGUAGACUUAAAUCCUAGCGUUUUGUCUUUAAGCAACAAAGGUGGCUUUUCGAAAGACGGUACACCUCCGGUUGGCGGCUCUGAUGUGAACCUCAAUGUGAGGUCAACGCCGUUAAUAAGGGAAGCCCAGUAUGGGCAGAACAUUGGUUUAAGAUCUAAGGCACAAGUUGACUCAUGGGCGGACAAGACGUUUCCAAUCGGUGGACCUGACUUGAUCCACUGCGGGAACUACCAUGGGAUCAGAUCAUCUCAAUAUUUGGACCACGACUUUGGGCAAGGAUCAAAUGGAGGCAUAUUCACGGGAAUUGAAGACCCCUUGUCGUCUCCGGGUAAGAGAAGCGACGACGGGUACGUAGGAUACUAUCAUUAUGCCAAUGGUGUUGACGUCUCCAGCGAGAGCAACAUUGAGAACUACAUCUGUAAAUUAGUUGGUCUCGAGAAGACGGGACUUAAUGAGUACAAGAAGGUAGAUGAAGAUAUAAUAAUCCAGAGACAUAGCCAGCGCAUGACCAUGAAGUCUAGGAAAGCCAGCUCGUCUACUGGGGGUCCCACGUCGCCCUCUUCGUCGCCGUUGUCCUCAGCAGCGUCCACCACCACUUCAUCAAAUUUCAAUUCUAUUUCCUCUUCGAGUAAGAGGGAAAUCCUCAUCACCUACUGUACUUAUAACAUAUUCAAUAAAUCAGACUUCCGAGCACGUUACGUGAUAAACUUGUCAAAACCUAUUCGAAUUGAUAAGUCUUUUCAAAUAAUCAACGCCAACAAAAAGACCCACCUGUUCAAUUCCGAAACCAUUUCAACCAACUUGGUCCCUCAGUAUUGGGAGGAGUUGAGAGCCUCUCAAUUGGUAAGAUUGUUUGCUGACCUUGACGAUCCAUCUAGACAAUUGGCUGGACUAGUGAGUUUUCCAGACUUGCUCCAGACCCAACAACAGUAUUUCCAGUCUAUAAAAACUUUAAUCAAGUUCUUGCCCAAGGGUGCCAUGACUGAUGUCAAGAAACAACAUGGGUUCUCUAGUGGCUGGGGUGAUAAAAGAGAAGGUUACAGUAAAACUGUGCUGUAUAAAAAUUAUCUUAUAGACGCCUUACUUAGACUAUGCCAUAUGGAUGGAGGUAAAGGCUGCCAGGUUGCAUUGGACGAAAUAGAAAGAUUGUAUCCGGCUAGUAAUGAAUGGGACUAUGUGAUACUACAAAUAUUAAAACUACAAACUGGAGUAAAUAAUGAGCAAAAAUUCAUACGUUUGAUCCAUAAACACAUUUCUAGUUCACCACCUUCCACCCAGCAAACACUUGUACUACUCGAGCAAGUCAAAUUUUUACUCAACAAGGAAAAAUAUGCAAUGGCUUUAGAUAUUGCAGAGAAAUGCAUUAAACAAUUACCCUUGGACUUUGAUUGCUGGUUCAUACUUGCAUUAUGUUAUCUACUCAAUUCACAAUUUGAAAGAGCCCUAAGCAUCAUAAAUUCGUUACCCGUGGUAUUGGUACAUAAGCAUAGAAAUAGUGACAGUGAUAAGAUAUCCGGAAUCCCGGAUUUAUUCACAAACACUUUCAUUAAUAGACUAAACGAAAAUUAUGAAGAGGUAAUAUCGGAAAGAGCGUUCGUCGAAUACUUCCCGAAACCUGUGGUGCCCGCAAGCCAAUACCAACGAUUCAAUAUCAACGGGAACAAGGGGAGUGCCAGCGGGCAAAGGAGAUUUGUUGACCAAGGGUCAAUUAAUAAAAUGUGGAACGAAUUAUUUGUCUUUGAUCCAAGCACGAGGCAUCCAAUUACCGGGAACCAAUUUUACCAAUCACCACUCAUGAACGCUAGUGCUAAAGAAUUAUCAUCUGUAGACCCAAACCUUAUCAGAAUUUAUGGACCUACCUCAUUAAAGUUGAUACUCUCUUCUCAAUCAUCAGGGACGUCUAAUUCUUCGUUAAUUGAUUUCUGUACGAAGUCUACAUGGGGUAGAUGCUACGAUUUGUUAAGCUUAUUUGUGGGAUUGGUUGGCUGGGAUGAGCUUGUGAAAUUAAAGGAGAAGGUCUUCAAACAAUCCUCUUUCAAAGAGAUGGAGCAUAAGAAUAAUGCCGAAAUGAGUGUUGGAGACCUAAUUGACCAGGGUAAAUUUCAAUGUGAAAACUGGCUAGACCAAUUAUUCCUCAUAUUAUAUGAUGAUUUGAAGACCUUGAUGUCCAUAACAGCACCUAAUAGAGAUCAACAGCACAGUGCUCUAGAAUGGGAAAUGCUUGGAUUCUUAGGUUGGUCAGUCAAGUUCAACUUGGAAGAAUCCAUAUGUGCGUUGAUUACGUCAGUAAAAGGAAAAGAGAUAGUUGGCGGGUUUGAUUAUUUUGGGACUGUUAAAUUGCUCCAGAUAUACGACGAGUUUAUUUUAAGUGAAGUAACUGACUCCCAAAUCGAUCUGUAUCAUGAUAUCUACGAAGGGACAUUCUUGUCGAACAAGUUACUUAUUAAAAAGUUUGGAAAAGCUAGGCAUUCCAACUUCAUUAAAGACCUUGAGGAGAAUUUACUUAACCUAGAUUUCGUGUUGCUUCACUUAAUGAAACUUAUAAGUUGGAAUUUGCGUUGGUACCUGUAUGCUCCUAACUACUUAGUGACUAAAGUAUUGACGAAGUUGAUGAUUAAAUACGAUGGAAUCUUCAUAAGAGGGAAGCUUAGGGUCGUAUUUGAACAAAACAAGAGGCAAGUUCAAGCCAAGAGUAAGUCCGGAGCGAAAUGGUUUUUGUUUUCCGGAGGAGGAAAGGAGAAGAAGGGAGCUGAUAUUAGCGAGUUUAUAGAAGGUGAUACGAUAGUUGAUUACGUCGAAAAGCUACUCAGUUGGAUUGAAUCGCUUGACAUUGAUGCCAACGAUGAAAGCUAA